AUGCAAGAUCAUUCAUUUAAUAAUAUAUCUAAACAUGAUUUACACAACGCCAUUAGAAAAAUUGUUAGAAGUGAUAAUUUAUCUGAUCUGACUGCGGGUGGAGUACGUAAGAAGUUAUCGGAACACUUUAACACUCCAAAGGAGUAUAUGGACACAAGAGCCCAGGAAGUUAGCAGCCUAAUAAACGAAGUUUUGAGAGAAAUCGCAAUAACUUCCGAUCAAUCGCAUGAUCACAAUGCCAACACAGAUCAAACCGAAGAUGUAUUAUUAAGAAAAAUGGUAGAUACUGACAAAUUUCCUGAUGUACACUCUAAACAUUCCAAAACUCCUUUAAAAGUCAAUACCAGCGUCAAGUACAGUUCACCCACAAAGCAUGAUAAUAGUACCAUGAAGUAUGAAAUGAAGCAUGAUGAAAAGAUCAACUAUAUUGAAUUAAAGUCAGAAUCACCGGUAAAAAGAGAAUAUGAAGAAAAUGUACAAAGUGAUAUAACAACUGAAUCUUUGGAACCACCAAGAAGAGUUUCAAAACUACAACGUGAUUUAAUGACAAAGGAUUUUUUCCUGAAUAAUGCAAAAAGUAUUGAGAUAAAGCUCCAGGAAUCUGACCCGAUUUUUGCCCUUCCAAGAUUGUUUUCAACUGGAAGCUGUGGAUGGUAUUGUUUUCAAGUUUUCACAAUUUUUCAGGAAUUUAGGAGAUCAAGAAGUUUAUUGCCAAGUUGGAUUCAACUGCACAGGUAUUUCUCCACACAACCUUACACAUUUUUAAAAAAUUUUCAGUCGUCGGAAGUAAAAACUGGUCCGACUAAUUUUCCACAUUUAUUAAUAAUUUUCAUAAUUUCAAUUUUUCACAUUUCACAUUUAUAUUUUAAUUUUUGUAUAUUUUGGAGCAUAUUUUAA